AUGGGGUGCGGUGCGUCCAAGCAUGCCGAGGGGCAAGCCCACGUCGCCAUGCACGAUGCAGCGGCUCAGAAUCGCGUCGUCAAGGCCAGCGCAGUCCCAGUCGCGAUCGCUCUCGGCGCGGGGCUGAUGGCAGCCGCACAGGAGGCCCCGUUCGUGGCGCCGGCCGCCGCUCUACUGGCUGCGGUGGCCAGCUUCAUUUGGAGCGCCAAGGCUCUCAAAGACGACGCUGCAGCCUUCGCAGAGACUCUCAAGGACGUCGAGCGCAUCCUCCUGGCUUCCGGGGACCUUUCAGAGCACAGAGAUGUCAUAGCGAAGAUCGAGACGCUGCUGGACGAGGCGCUGCGGUUCGUGAAGCAGCUCAGCAACGCAAACGUGAUAUAUACUGCGCUCUUUCUCCAGUUCUCCGCCGCGGGCAAGUUCGACGAGCUCCGCACGGGCCUCCAGCAGGCCACCUCGUGCCUCUCGACCCUCUGCGCGAUCGACACCACCGCGAUGCUCCAGCAGGACUUCCGCGAGAGCCGCGCGCUCCGUGCGAAGCUCGAGGCCCUCGGCGGGCCGGCCGCGGUCGCGGCGGACCCGGAGAAGCUCGCGGCGUUGCGCGACGACAUGGACCCGGGCAGCGCGGUGCUCUCCGCGCAGCUCGAGGACGGCGUGUCGACGAUGCACAGCGCCGUUGCGUCCCUCGGCGACCGCCUCGAAGCGCGCAUCGUCGACGUGGAGACGCUGCUCGAGGCGCGCGUGGCCGACAUCGUGCGCACGGCCGCCGCCUUCGAGGAGCGCGGGAAGGCGUUCGACGCCAAGGCGUUUUGCCAUGCGUUCCCCAUCGCGGGGAACGAGGCGGAGCGAAUGCGCGGGUUCCGCGAACUAGGGCUGCUCGAAAAGGUCGGCGGGAUGCCGGAGGCCGGGCGGGCGCACGUGGUCGAGCUGAUGAAGGAGGCGCUGCAUGCGACGGAGCAGCUCCGCGCCAUGGUCGUUCUGUUCGACUACACGAACGCCCACGUCCCUAUUUAUGUGGCGCGGGAGGCGGGCGCGGAGGGCGAGGAGUUCAGCGCAGCGAGGUUCCCGGUGCCGUUGCCGCGGAAGACCACGGGCUGCCAGGGGGUGCUGGCGACGAGCAAGCCGGUGGCGCUGUUCGACGAGGACUUCGGCGCGCUCAGCUUCGGGGGCGGCGAGUCUCUGGACAUCGUCAAGAGCGUCGACGUGGGCUUCGUGCGCUUUUGUGCACAAGUUCAAGAGAUCCUCGAGAGCGGGCCGGAGCACCCGGAUCACGACACGCUGCGGCUGCACCUGGACUUCGGGCCCAAGGCCAGGUCGUACCUCGGCGUGCCGCUGCGCGUGCGCGGCACUCUCGUGGGGACGGUGGUGCUCAUGGGCGGCACGUGCGACGACGAAAAGCAAGCGCGGAUCCGCGAAGUCGGGCUUCCGGAGCUGAUGGGAAUCGCGCGGGAAGUCGGCCUGCUGCUAGCGCAGCUCGUGUAG